GAACGUGAAUAAGUACGCAUCGGUCCGAUACACGAGACAGAACGGAAUUUUUAUUUCUCACUGAGUUUUAGGACAACAACAAAACAAAAUAUUCUCGUGAUCGGAUACAUUUGGAAUAAGAAAACAAAAAGUGUGAUGUAAAUUAAAAAAAGAAAACUUAUGAAAAGACAUCGUUGAUAAAAUUAAAUACGGAAACAUACAAUUCAAUUUAAACAUAAGUGGACAACAAAAAAUAAAUAAUAAUACUUAAAAAAUUGUUUAUUUUUUGACAAAACUGUAAACAAGUAAUCUUAAUUAAAACAAAAAUAAACAAACCAUUACAACUAUUUGUACCAAGAAGAACCUUACAAAACAAAAUAAACUGUGACGCUAUUUUUGUGAACUUUACCAAACCCCCAUUAAGUGUUUGAAUCACUCAAAUCCACACAUUGAAGUCAAAGGUUCGAAGUACUCUUAACGGUUGUGACAAAAUUGUUUUUUUUUUUUGUUUUCCUUUGGCUUGUGGCCGUAGCUGUUGACUGUGCAUAAACCCCACAAUCCCCCCAUUCCAGUAUUAACUUUGUGCCAUUUCACAUUUUUCCUCGGUUCGGUUGCUCUGCCAGCCAGACAUUUUAUUGUCAACAAAAAGCUUGAGGGGUUAAAUGUUACGGAUCCCUUAAUGCUGUUAAAACAAAAAAUGCUAUAAAGACACUUAACAAUUGUUUUUGUAACGGAUUCUUGUUAGUGUCUCUUAUAUUUUGUUGUUGGAUAUGUUGCCGGUUGUUUGAAAUUUCCGUUAACAGUGAAACGCAAACAAAAAAGAAUACCAAUAUAGAAAGCUCGCAGCAUCAUUUACAAAAAGGACAAUAACAACUCGUUUGUCGAAGGUACAAUACAAAAAAAAAAAAAAACUGAAAUCACUGAAAUCCAGAGUAAAGGAUUCAAAACAAAAAACUCUUUUUGUUUAACUCCGUAACAUUUGCGAGAUCUGUUUUGUGCAAAAAAGUAAUCACAAAAGAAUUUUAUUUGUAAUAAUUACGUGUAUAUGUUCUAAAGGAAGAUCUGCCUUAUAAAAAAGAGCUAUCAGAAGUGUUUAAUAAAAAACAACAGCAACAACAAUUAUACAUCAAACAACGACCAUGGCUGCAUAUACACAAUUUGGAUAUGGCUCUUAUCCGACGGUUAAUCAGUUACUUGGCAGCGGCAAUGUUGGCCAAACAUCAUCAUCAUCAAUUAUGUCACACAAUGCGCCUUCACCGCUGUCGGGAGGAUCACAUGAAAACUCAUUAAGUCCCUCGGGAGGUUCAUCCUCGUCUUCGGCAUCAUCGCCUGGCAAUGGCCCUUUAAGUCCCGGUGCCAUGUCACAAACGUCCACAAACAAUGCGGGAAGUGUGCCGCCGCCACCACCACCACCAGCCACACAAUCUGGCUCAGCUGCAGCGCUUGUGGGCAAUAGCGGCAUCGGCAGCAAUAGCAGCACAGUUAGCCUUGCAGAUGCAUUCCAGACAGCCGGUAAUCUUUCGAUCACAACAGGCUCAGCAAUGGGGGGAGGCAGCAGCAGUAGUGUUGGUGGGGGUUGUUGUGAAAAUGGACGACCAAUUAUGACAGAUCCCGUAUCGGGACAAACUGUAUGCUCAUGUCAGUACGAUUCAGCACGUUUAGCAUUGUCCAGUUACUCGCGAAUGCCCACAGCUGGAGUUGGUGUUUAUGGCACAGCAUAUCCAUCAACGGAUCAAAAUCCAUAUCCCAGCAUUGGUGUGGACAGUUCGGCUUUUUAUACGCCAUUGGGCAAUCCCUACAGUCUCAAGGAAACAACAACGGGCACCGAAAUGACAGCAGCAGCCGCUUGGUCUACAGCUGGUUUACAACCAACAACCGGUUAUUAUUCAUAUGAUCCAACAUUUGCAUAUGGAUAUGGUGCCUCUUAUGACUUGGCUUCCCGCCGCAAAAACGCCACCCGCGAAUCUACUGCCACUUUGAAGGCCUGGUUAAACGAACACAAAAAGAACCCCUAUCCCACUAAAGGUGAAAAAAUCAUGUUGGCCAUCAUCACUAAAAUGACACUUACACAGGUCUCUACUUGGUUCGCCAAUGCCCGUCGUCGCUUGAAGAAGGAAAACAAAAUGACUUGGGAACCAAAGAAUCGCACCGAAGAUGAUGAUGACGAUGCCAUGUUGUCCGACGAUGAAAAAGAAGUGGACAAGGAAGUUGAUUUAAAUAAAAUGGGGAGUGGAAAUUCCGGUACUGCGUCUUUGUAUAGCCAACAAAUGCAUAAAGACCAUGACCAGCUUAAGAGCAACGACCACAGUAGCAACAAUGGUAAGCAUAACGAUUUAAAGCAUGACGAUGAAGAUGAUAGAAAACCAGAAAAUUUAACUGCCUCAAGACAAAUGGAAAAUUAUAACACAGCAUCGUUGUACGGCAGUGGUCAGAGUACAGCGGUUUCUGGUGGGCAUCAUCCCAAUGCCUAUCAUCCCUACCAAAGUCACCAUAAUCCUCAUAGCCAAAGCCUUUAUUAUCAACAACACCAGCAGCAGCAACAACAACAGCUUUUACAACAACAAGGUUACGCUAGUCGAGAUGAAUGUGGUAUACCAAUACCAGCCACAAAACCAAAAAUAUGGAGCGUAGCUGAUACAGUAGCCAAUAAAACACCACCGCCCACAUCUGGCUAUCACCUCGGCAGUGGGCAAUCACCUCAGCAUCACAUACAGCAACAACAACAAUCUCAAGCUUCUGCCUACUAUUCAAAUAACUUGAAUAUAAAUAAUCAAUUAUCAAAUAAUUCGCCACUUUCUAUGAUGAGUAAUUAUGUCAAUGCUUCGCCCUAUGGACGACUGCCUCCCGCAGCUGGUUAUGGUGGAGCCUCUGGUGUUAAUUAUCCACAAAUGAAUACAUCAGUCUCACCUGCCUCCAAUAUGAUGCAUAUGUCAGCGGCGACGUCUGUGCAGCAACAGCAACAACACUACAAUUCCUCAGGCAGUCAGAAUCUUCACCAGCAGCAUCAGCAGCAACAACAACAGCGCUUGGGGUUUCCUGAAAUUCAACCAGAUACCCCACCCCAAACACCGCCCAAUAUGAAACACACAAACGGCAUGAACGCUAAUGCAAUGGGCAAUACACCACCCAGUUCUUUGGCCUACGUAGUGGCGGCCAACAACAGCUUGAAUACCUCAUACGGCAGUGAUAUUUCAACAUCAUCCCGUACCGGUUUGGAAAUGCAAUAAUUGUUGCAUUUACAACAACAGACAGGUAUUGGAAACAUCUCAAGAAUCUCGUUACGUCAAGUGUCGGGAGAAUAUAACCAUGUAUUCCUAAAGGGUUAAGUGCAAAAAUACUUUAGCAAAAGUAAAGAUUCCUUUUAGGAUUUAUUAUUGAAUAGCUUUCCUAGAAUAAUACUACGACGAAGAAGAAUUCGGAAUUUCUUCAAAAUUCUCUUUUGUAAAAUGUAAAAAAGAAAUGUAAAUGUAUUUCCCUGUUCCAGAAUUGCAAGAAUGUAAAAGUUUUUUCUAAGAUAACCGAUUUUUCUUUUAUGAUAUCGAUAACAAAUUGCAAAACUGGUAGGUUUUUGCAGGUUCUGGAACAGAGCAAAUAUUGCAACAAAACAAAUUCGGAAACAAAAUAUAUAUGUGAAAUGUUCUCUGUA